AGACUCAUUUGAUAAGUCGAUUGCAACAAUUCAAAGACAAAUUUCUGAUCGUCCCUCGAGCUCACAACGUAUCAUGGCGCAGACAUUCAACGGCUCAUCGAGCAGCAGGCAGGGCAGCCUUGGUUCCAUGCUCAGUGACGCUCGCUGCAGCUCGAAUCCUACAAAAUUUGCGUCGCUCAACGAGGCUAUUGGUCACAAUAUCACAUCGAUCAACGCCAGCACCAAGCAGUUGCAGAAGUUGUUGAAACUGAUUCCCAACGCAAAGGAUGUGUCUGUGCUGCAAGAGCAGAUCCAUAGUAUUAAUAGUAAGACCAAUGAACUGGUAGAGAUCACAAGUGAUGACUUGAGGCGGCUGCAGGCGAGGUUGCGCCAUGGUGAUCGUCAGCAGAAGCUGCAGCUGGAGAGGCUCACAAGUGAGUUUCAGCAUGUGCUCGUUAAAUACUCUGAGCAGCAGAAGCGCAACUGGAAGGUCUUGCGACAAAGCUAUCAAGAGGCCGUUGCCGCUGAGCGGGAGGCUGACGUGUCGCAGCAGCAACGCCAGGAACAAGCGGAUCUGGAGAGCGAGCACAAUAUGCUCGUUGAGCGUCACCGCCAGGUCGAACAACUUCACUCGGAUAUAGUCGAUGUGCAUCUCACUAUGAACGAGCUAAGAAAGUUGACGAUCGAGCAGGGUGAGGUGGUGGAUAAUGUGGAAACGCUUAUCGAUCGCACUGCAGCUAACGUCGAGGACGGCUGCAUUGAGCUUCAAACUAUAGUAAAUAGACGUAAUUCAACACAUCUAUCUCCCGAAUCUACGAGAUGA